AUGCCGCGACGCAGAAAGCUUCCGAAAGAGUCGAGUCUCUUUGUCCCCGGCAAGCUUCCGAAGAAUGCGUUUGCUCGCAUACUGCCGCCCGAACUCGUCCUCGUUGUUCUCAGCUUCCUGCCGACUGAGGCGGUCUUUUCAUUCGCUCUGACCUGUCGCUUUUUCUAUGCGUCCUUCUUUCCCAAUUCACGAACCCUAGACCUCGACUCGAAGACCGCACUUCUCACUCUUCUGGAAAGGGACAUACCGAAUCUUCUGGUUUGUCAUGGCUGCACCAUCCUUCUCCAUUGGAAGCAACAGGAUUUCAACCCGGAUCCGGACAGCACCAGUAUCGGACAUCAGUGCUCGCAUGUUGUGCCCGCCACGUUUUUUGCGCCCCUCGGCUACAUCAACCGCUUGGAAUAUGCGAAAGCACGACUGGUCAUGAACCGCCAUCUGUAUGGAUCCUCGCAUGGGUUGCCUGUGGAGAUGCUCAACUGGGACGGUCAUGGCAAGUUGUUCUUGGACGGAGACCACUUCAAAGCCGCCACAGCCGCUUGGCGGGCGCGCAUCACCGGCGACAGCCGCCAUGUGAUCUUUGCCAAGAUCGACUACACACAGACUUGGCGCGCGCGCAUCGUCGACGACGAGCUCUACCUAGCCAUAUUCCAGACAGCAUAUCAUCCAAGCAGCCAGAUCGAAAAUAUUGAGACGUGCCUCAGACACCGCUUCGGUAGGAUCUGCCGCCAUGUCACCAUAUGGAAUAUGCGCGACCCCCCUCCAAACUGGAUCACGAUCACACGAGACACGGCUGAGCCACCCCACUUCGCCGCCUACAUACACCACAAUACGAUUCUUUCAUGCCCGAUAUGCUUCACGGACGCCCAAGUAAAUACCACAUGGUGCAGCAUACGCGGGCAGUGGUCUGUACAGAUGACCACAUGGCGGCAGUUCGGAAAAUGUCGCUCGCCCUCCGAUCCCAAGUGGAACAGCUUUGUAUCGGGGUUCCGGGACUCGUGGGUUCCAAGGGAACGUGGUCAUCCGCCGGGAGCCAUCAGACAUAGAUGGAGCAGAGGUGACGAGGUGCUACUGGGCAUGGAAGGGGUCUUUCUAGACGCCCCCCUUUCUGGUUAUCAAGGUAGUUGA